AUGAGGAGCGCCACUUCCAAAAUUACAACCCCCACCACCACCACCACCACCACCACCACCACCACCGCCAUGAACACAUCCCCAAAACGAUGCAAAUACCAAUACUGUGCCACCGCCGCCGCCGAUGACAGCCAUAAGCUCACGGACUCCAACAACGAAUCUACACUACUACCAGGCCUACCGAACCACCUUGCUCAGCUUUGCCUCUGCUCUCUCCACCCUUCCCUCCUCCACCGUGUUUGCCGUUCAUGGCGUCGCUUCAUCUACUCUCCUUCCUUCCCUCCUUUCUUCUCUCUCUACACUCUUCUCUCAUCAAAAUCGCCUCUCCCAGAACCAAAAAACCAAGAUCAAGAUCAAAACCAAUUAAACCCAUUUCAAUUCUUCUCUUUAGAUCCCAUUUCAUCAACAUGGCGGCGCCUCCCAUUUCCACCUUCUGACCCACUUCUCCACCUCCUCCACCGCCACCCUUCCUUCAUUUCCCGAACCAUCCCUAUUCAAUCCCUGACAGUCUCAGGCCGUUUGGUCCUCAUCGCUGCCACCGGCCACCAGUUCCUCCCCGCCCUGUCCCACCCACUAGCCUUCGACCCAAUAUCAAGCCAAUGGUUCUUCGGCCCACCACUGCCCACCCCACGGCGGUGGUGCGCCGUCGGCUCAGCCGGUGGCUCAGUCUACGUUGCAAGUGGUAUCGGCUCACAUUACGACAGUGACGUCGCGAGGUCUGUCGAGAAAUGGGACAUGAAGAAGAAGAAGAUUGAGUGGAACUGGGAAAAAAUGGCUAGUCUGAAAGAUGGAAGGUUUAGCAGAGAAGCUGUGGAAGCUGUUGAGUAUAGAGGGAAGCUUUGUAUGGUGAAUGUGAAGGGUCAUGCAGUAAAACAAGGGGCUGUGUACGACAUGGAAAAAAACCGGUGGGAGAACAUGCCGGAGGGGAUGAUCGGAGGGUGGAAUGGGCCGGCGGCGAUGGGUGGUGAAGAUAGGUUGUAUGUGGUGGAUGAGGCAAACGGUGUUCUGAGCAAGUAUGAUUCGGAGAAUGACUCGUGGGAAGAGGUGGUUGACUCGCCGGAGAUUCUGAGAGGUGCCCAGCAUAUAACCGCCGGUGGGGGGAGAGUUUGUGUGGUUUGUGGGGGUGGUGAGCGGAUUGCGGUGGUGGACGUGGUGGCGACGCCACCGAGGAUUUGGGUGGUAAAUCCGCCGGAAGGAAGGGAAGUUGUCGCCGUUCAUAUAUUGCCGAGGAUGAACUUGCCAGAAUGGUGA